AAAAAAAGAAAAGCGACUGAAGGGAGUUACCUCCCCGAAAUGAGAAAUGAGACCGGGCCGUUUUCCAGUCGGUGGCCUUUGCUAUUAAACCAGGAAAUCCCUAAAAUUACAGGGGGGCAAAAGAGCCAGAAAACCAGGGGGACUAUUCGGAGAGGUUUGCCCUGGAAACAGCACUCACACAGCGGGCUUUCUGCAGGAGGAUCGGUCGGUGCAUGUAUCUCUGAGUGUGUGUGAGUGUGUGUAUGUGUGUGUGUGUUUACAAGUGUUUGAACCAGUGCCACAAACGAGGGAAGGAUAAAUUCGAGGAAGGAAGGAGGGAUGGUGGACAACUCGAGCAGCAGUAAGGCACAGAUGCCCAGCAUGUCUCAGGACGCCUCAGGAGGAGUGGGCUUCCCUCAGAGCGGCUCCUCGGGGGGCAUGAAGCUGGAGGCCGUGAUGGAGCAGCUCCAACGCCAACAACACGCCCGUCUAGAGAUGGAGAGGAAGGAGAGGAAACUUCGUGAAGCUCACAUCAUGUACGCUCAACAAGUGGCCGCUCAGCAGGCAAUUCUGACAGCAGCAAGAGCAUCUGGAGCGGCCUCUUUCAUGGGGAAAAGCCUCGGUGUUCCCGGGGUAAUGUUGCCUCCGAGAGUGUCCAACCAGAGCAGCGUCGACUCGGAAAGAGAGGAUGAUGAGGAUCGAGGAGGGGAGGAGGAUGAGGAUGAUGAUAAUGAGAUGAUGGAGGGAGAUGAAGGCAGUGAGGAAGAGGAAGGGAGUGCGAGUGGUUUGGAGUUUCUCAGAAAGCAGACCCUCGCUCUGCAGCAAAACGCCUCCAGAAUCCCUCCUCGUCCGUUUGGUAGUUAUUCGGCAUCCGCCCCUCAGAGAUCUGCCUCUCCACCAAUCAGAGUGAAGCAGGAACCAGAUGAGGGUCUUUCUCCAGCGGGACCCCAAUCUGCAACUUCCCCCAACGGACAGGCCGACUGGGGCUUCGACGAUCAAUUCAGACAGGUACGGGCCAUGGUUUGGCAACAUUACACUAAGUGCACGCAUCAUCCAUACUGAAAAACUCAAGCAGCAACUUUCAUACAAAUACUUCAAGUCAAAAAGUAAAGUCAACUUAAAAAGUGUCUGGUGCUGGAUCUGUAUACUUGGGUGUAAUGAUAGACCCUCUGCUUUCCUGGAAAGACCAAAUUGAGAGGGUCUUUCUGGGCGAGUAUUUCUUUCCUGAAAUCUAAUAAACUGCCAAUCAAAACACGGUC